ACCAGGGUCACCAGGCUUAGUGGCAAUCAUCUUUACCCACUGAGCCACCACUCUGGCCCAGAAAUGAGUCCCACUUCAGAGUCGUUAGUUGAACAAGGUGCCAGACUUCCCCUCUGAAUGUUUGGACGUGAAUUGCUAAGAUUGAGUGCUCUGGUGAUAACUGGACAGACCUGCAUGGGAAACUCCUGCUCAUCCCUCCCCAUUCUUUAGUUCUUGGAGCAGAUGGAAUGAAAAAACAAGAACCUCCAGCAUGAGAAUGGGGGGAGGAGGAGCUGCUCCCUAGAACAGGAAAGGGGUGAUGUGGUGCCUCCAUGGUGUGCAAUGCCGUCAGAGGAAACAGAGGCGGGGAGCCUGUGGGGCUGUGAGAACCACAGAGUCUACAGCUGGGAGCCAGAGCUCUGAAGAGUGGCACCUGUGUCUACAAGGGCUCACAUCCCCAGGCCUAACUCUCUGGCCUCUCAGGGCUGGUUAGGACUGCCGGAUCUGGUUUCCCUGAGAGGCAAAGGGCUGCUGCCCCAGUAUCAUGGAGACGCCUGUCCACUAACGAGCUUAGCUACCUGAGCUUACUCCAAACGCCUCUGGUGACCCUCCAGGCUGAGAUCUGAACGUGUAGUCUCUAAGCUGACAGCCAACUGAGUGCCCGCGGAGGCCUGACCGUCAGUCAGGCCAGUGGGAAUUGGCUGAGUGUCCUCACCGAACUUCUGAUGACAACCUGUAAGUACACUUGCCUUGUUCUCUGGUGGACUUGGGACAGGUGAGAACGGUCUCCUCUGGGACUGGGAGUGAGCUUUGCAGUCAGACUUCAGGAGGACGAUAGUAGCUGUACAGGUCUCUAGGAUUCCUUAGAGACCAGUCUGCUCUCCCCUCUGACUGCCUCCAGGAGACUUGCAUGUUACCAAGGUCUCAUGCCUCUGCUGGUCUCUGCUAUCCACUUUCCAUGUGGAGGAUCAGCUUCUCCAGGGCCACAGUCUUAGAGGUCACCAAGGGAAAGGACUCUAUUCUCCAAAGACAGCAGCAGCAUCUCAGUAGCUCUCGUAGAGUGAGAUUCUCAGUUUGAAAAGGGAAUAAGCCUGGGUGGGGGUAGAGAUCACUGAGCCCCCAAGUUCUGUUCCCAGAUACAACACAAGAUCCACAGAAUCCCAAGAGAAGAUGGCCGUCCUAUCUCUGCCCUGUCUGUCCUGCCGCCUGAGCGGCAGGCAGCUCAUCCUCUAGAUGAGGUCACUGCACCCUCCAGACAUGGCCAUUGCGAUGAAAAUGGGAUUAGAGAGAAGCACAGCAGCCUGGGCACUGUGCAGUUUCUACGGCCUUUCGCCAACACUGCCCACCCACUCGCCAGGACACCACAGACAGUGCCUGAGCACAUGGUAUGCUUCUCAGACACGUGACAAAUGAUCUAAUCUCCUCUGCUAAGGUGGCCAACACCUGUUUAUCCUCAGCCUCAUUGCCACUGUCUGGACCUCAUCUUCCCCAAUAGUUUACCAUGCCUUGGCCAGACCAGUAAGAGAAAGUUACAGAGUCCCGGAGAAGUGUCCAGGAAAGAGCAGGUCCCUUAUGGCCCAAGGGUCCUAAAGGUUAUGGUCUUGCUGAGCUACAGCCAGGAAGUUAAUCACCUCUAAUCCCUCCUUCAGCCAUGUGGAAUCAGUAUUAUCAUCCUUCCUCACGGGAGACACUACAGGCUGAAGGCUUUGCCUGAGGUCACACAGCUGGUCUGAGUUAGUCACCCAUGCUACCAGUGGCAGGCAUAAACCAAGCAUUUAGCUUAAACCUCAUACUCAUGGCCAGCUGAAAUGGAAGAAUUACCCUGGUAGGGAGCAAAUCCCAUCCCUCAGGAGGCAGCAGAACUCCCGCCACCACCAAGGCUGUCCAGUCCCCGAAGUCUGAGAGGAAGGGGCUGUCCAGAGCCAUUCCCGGGGUACCCGUCUGCUUGGUGCUCCUGAGCUCUGUGCUGUGGACUCUGAGGUCCUGCACAGGGGCAGCAGAGAACACUGUUUCUCCAGUUGAUAAAGCAGGGCUGCAGGACAGAUGGGCAGAAGAGUGGUCCUCCCUGCAAGACAGGGUCCACUCAGUGGGGACUGUUCCAGGACAUGGAUGCCACCCCAUGGCACUGAGGGACAACACCCUCAUCCAAGCAGCGCACAGCCCUAGGGCAAGGAAGGUGCCCACUGUGUCCCCAUGCUGUUCUGUGAGCUGCUCCUUCCAAUUGUGAGCCCUUGGCAGUGCCUGACACACACCACCACCUCAGUGGAUGACUUGAAUAGAACCUCCAGCAUGAGAAUGGGAGGAGUGAACAGUGAGACCAUACCUUGUCCUGCUGAAAACAAUGAGACCAUCUGAAAAGGAUUAGAGCCAGCACCCCUCACCGAAACACUUAAUAUAGUAGUGGGAAAGCAGCAUUGAGACCAAGGUUUGCUUAGUCUGAGGACAAGACACUGUGCACAGCACUCUACUCACUUUGGUUCAUUCUGUUCUGUGUGUUGGGUGCCUUGCGGGGGCGGGGAAGGCUAACAAUGCUGAGGACAGGGCAUGGAACUGUAGGGAAUGGUGGAUUGAACACAUGUUCCAGCUGAGCCUGGUGGCGGUCACAAGCCUAUGAAGCAAGAAGAUCACCUGAGCCCAAGAGUUUGGGGACAACCUAAGGAACAUAGUCCUCAGUUCAUAGUCUCAUGAAAACAAAACACAAGACAACAAUAACAGAGUUUGUAACAGGAUAUUCAAAACCAGGAAGGAAGUAUGUUCCCAGGGCUAGCUUUCCCAGGCAUUAUCUACCAUGUCCAAGUGUUGGGUGUGGUUAUCCCCACUUCUCAGAUGAGGAAAAGGGGCACCGAGAAUGGAAGUGACCAGUCAGUCCCUCAGAGUUCCUCAGAGUCACCACUAUGUCCCAUAGACUGACAGACUCCCAGCAAUCUUACCCAGUGCUCUUGGUACCAAUAAGUACUCGCUGUCACCUCUGCUUGUGACUCCAUCCCAAGGCCUCCUGGCUGCUCCUUGGUCCAUCUCUAACCCUAGCUGUGGUCCCUGACGUGCCUGGAGAGAGCUCAGUGUCUUGUCACUAUCCCUGCCACCAACUAGCAGAAUGUGACCCUAGGUGAAGGAAUGGUUCUUCAGGCCACGGAAGUUCAAAGGAGUCAGCAAAGGCUAAAAAUUCCUAGGAAGCUUCCUGAGAAAUGCUGGGAUCCAGACAGACACAAAGAGAAUGGAAAGGGCGGGCUGGCCCUCCAGAGAGGACACAGGAAAAGAUCUAGAGGACUUGAAUGGAGCACCGUCGCUAAGAAGGAUGGGAUACAGGGAAAACACCUCCAACUUGCUGCAGCCUCAGCCUGGUAUCUAUGUUGGUCAGUCCAACCCAGUGAUGGCUGCAAGGCCCUGAGAGACUGGUUGUGGGUACAGCCUUUUCGAUGGCCCUGGUGGACUAGAUCAUUUUCCUGUGAGAGCCACGUGUCUGGGUCCAUGCUGGGAUCCAUGGACUGUGUCUCCAGAGCAGCACCCUUUUCAGGUUUCUUUCAGCAGUGUGCUUCUGAGAGUCUGCUGAGGAAUGAUGGGAAGUUUGCCCAGCAGAAGGAAAAGCCUGCCCACAAGCGCUAGCCCCAGUUCCUCUGGUCCAGUCCAAGGAGCUGUGUCCACACAAGCAGAGAGAAGCAAGGUCACAGCUGUGGCCCUGGGCAGUUUCCCAGCAGGCGAGCAGGCUGGACUGUCUCUGAGACUGGGGGAGCCACUAACCAUCAUCUCUGAGGAAGGAGACUGGUGGACAGUCAUAUCGGAAGUCUCGGGCAGAGAGUAUCACAUCCCCAGUGUGCAUGUGGCUAAAGUCUCCCACGGGUGGCUGUAUGAGGGCCUGAGCAGGGAGAGAGCUGAGGAACUACUCUUGUUGCCUGGAAACCCCGGAGGGGCCUUCCUCAUCAGAGAGAGCCAGACCAGGAGAGGCUGCUAUUCCCUGUCCAUCCGACUCAGUCGUCCUGCAUCUUGGGACCGGAUCAGACACUACAGGAUACAGCGCCUUGACAAUGGCUGGUUGUACAUCUCACCACGCCUCACCUUCCCCUCACUCCAGGACCUGGUGGACCAUUACUCUGAGCUGGCAGAUGACAUCUGCUGUGUCCUCAAGGAGCCCUGCGUCCUGCAGAAGCUUGGCCCACUGCCUAGCAAAGAUCUACCUCUCCCUGUGACUGUGCAGUCGACAUCACUCAACUGGAAAGAGCUGGACAGCAACCUGUUUUUGGGAGCACCUGCCAGUGGGGAGGCAUCUCUUCUCAGUGAGGGGCUCCGAGAAUCCCUCAGCUCCUACAUCAGCCUGACUGAAGAUAACUCCUUGAAUGAUGCCUAGUCCAAGCAGAAAGUCAAAGAGGAACUGAGGCUGUGUUAUCACCUAGGAUUCCAGCUCAGUGGAACCUGACCAAGCAUGCGAGGCAAGGCUGGGAAUGCAGAGAGGGCUGGGCUGGGACGCAGCCAUAUCCAGGGUCCCACCUGUACCUUCUGCUCUUACCUCUCUAGAUUAUAAGAAGUCAUUUAUCUCCUCCCAAGGCCUCGGACCCUGCCUACAACCUCUGGUCCACGAGCAUCACAAUUCAAAGCAGGGCGAGGCCUCUCUACAGAGAGUAAAUUACUUCUAAGGUUUGAUAAGUCAGUUCCUGAGAGGGAUGUUCAGCACGACUGCAGAGUCCCUUCCCCCAUUAUGACUGCUAAUCAGCCCUACUGAAAGGCAGAGAUCACCACUAGCAUGAAGGACAGAAAAAUAUUAGGGACAUUCACAAGUCUCUUCAGAAUGCACACACAUCUCAGACAGUAGGAUGGUCAGAAAGAGAAGCAGAGCACCUGAGGGCUUACCACAGCGGCCCCCACCUGUUCCCCAAGCAGAGCAAGACCAACAGUCUAGAUCUUCCCAUGAUCCCUCACAGCAAGUCUUCUCAGACAGCCAAGCUCUCAGAUCUACUCAGUGUUCACCCACAUACAGCCCAGUCAAAUCCGUCCUGCCAUCUGGUGGUCAAACACAAAAUGACAGCCUUUAAGUCUCCCAUUGUAGACCAGUCACCCAUCUCAGUGCUGGGCUGGGCCAUCAGGUGGUAGACCCUCUGCAAUGUUAAAACCAAGGCAAUAACCUUCACCAACUCCAGCCCCUCAUCUCCCUGACAACCAAAAAGGAGAAUGAGGCCUGGCCGAAGCGGUAGGAGCUGAGAGGGAGGAGGAGGAGGAAAGUGGGGGCUCUGCCCGACACUCCUACUGGGAUCUGAGGGUCCAGGUGGGUGGGUAAGCAAGGCUUUAGUUUACCAGGCAUGCCAACACUUUCAGUUAGACUUGUUUAUUCAAGUAUCCGAAAACACUCUACAGUGGAAACCUAUCAGACGGCUGCCUGUACUGUGCUAUGGAUCACGCACAUGGUGUUUUCAGAAGACUUGAGAUGCCACUGAUAGUUUAAAAACUGUACACCUGAUGGAGAGAGAACUAAGGAAGACAAUUUAAUGUUUCAUCCGGAUCCAGAGGUGCAUUAGAUUAAACAGCAGCUCCACUUGGCAAACAGCUGUUACAUGAUGGUAUCCAAGAAAAAUGGUUGAUGAUGGACAAAUUCAGAAAUGCGUCCCCAAAGGCAGAUGGUUCUUUGAAAAGUUUCACAACCCUUGCAGAAAACGCUGAUGCCCAACACGCUGAUUCUAAAUCCAAGAGACAUGGGUCUUCUCAGUUCCAUGUGGCGGGAGUGCCCCAACAAGCGUGUAUCUGUGUUCUAAUAAAAGGGUCCUUUGGACUGGACAGAAGAGAUGGGAGCAAAGGCCAUCAGUCAUAGUGGAUGGCAGUGUAAAAGAUGAUCCAAAUGACCUAAGGGAGACACAAACAAUGUUUAUGUUGUCACCUGAUCAACACAGCCGCCCCCAUGUGAAAAUGACAGCGUAUAAAUCUGAGGUCUUUAGGGUGUUUAUAAAGAGUAAGAGUCAUCAAUCCCAAACACCAAAGAGAAGACCCGUUCCCACAGCCACUUAUUUCCCCUCCCUCCUUCCCCUCACUAACCUACUUUCUGUCCCCAUGGCCCUGUAUAUUCUGGACAUUUCACUAAGGGGAAUCACGCAGCCUUUUAUGUCUGGAAGCACUUAGCAUAAUGUUUUUAAUAAUGUACCAUAGCAAGUACAUUUUACUGUGUGGACAGUAAACAUUUUACAUUU